UAGUAGUGAGUUAAACGUUAAUGUUAAAUGAUUGAAGAACGCUUAAAUAUAGUGCGGCGGUAUUUGAAGUAUUAAAGAAAAAAAUCAAAAUAAAUAUUGAAAAAAAAAAACAAACUGAACAGAUAAAACACUCAAAAUAAAGUAUUUAUAUGUUGUAACUUUAGAUGUGUUUUUGAAAAAAUAUGCUAUACGAGUGUAUGUUUGUGUGUGGUGUCUUUUUUAAAAGAAACUAUUAUGAUCAGUAAGGGGCCCAGGAAUUACUUUAAAUUACUUUUGACACAAUUUUGGUGAAAAUCUAAAACAUUUUUCCACAAAAACACAUGAUCCCCAUUCAACUGCUUUACAUUCAACUAUAAAAAUUAUAAAUAAUUUCACUAUAAAAACAAGUGAAUUUAUUGCAAAUCAAACGAACAUGUUAUGAAUGAAGAGAGCUAAAACAUUCUAAAGAAAGUGAAGAAGGUUCUAUAACCAGCCGCAUAAUUAAAAAAAACUUAUCUCUACGAAUUGAACUCAAAAAAACGAAAUUAGAGCGUCUUUUGCUCUAUAGGGUCUUUAUUGUGAUUAAGACCGGAAAUUUAUAAACUGAAGAACAAGUAGUAUCCACACACGAACACACACACACCAAAUAAAAUUACACAAACAAGUCAAGUGACGGAGAGAAAUCAUCAUCAAGCUAAAAUAGCUUAACAACAUGACAAAGUCAUGCUGGAGCGGCUCUGCUAGCAGCCGCUUCACGCUUAUCACAACAUUAUUUGUUAUUGUAUUAUUAAGUAUUUCUUGUUUUGUACGCACAAUCGAUGCUCAGCAAAAGCAUGCUGGUCGACGUGAUCGUCCUCGCAAUCCUCCCCGUCAAUAUGUAAAAACGCAUCCUUGUGAAAGAUCCUCCUGUUAUCCAGCUACUGGUAAUUUGUUGAUUGGUCGCGAAAAUCGUUUAACAGCAUCUUCAACUUGUGGUCUGCAUUCGCCUGAACGCUUUUGCAUCUUGUCCCAUUUGCAGGAUAAGAAAUGUUUUCUUUGCGAUACCCGUGAAGAAACACGCAAUGAUCCCUACAAAAAUCAUCGCAUUGGUCAAAUAGUGUACAAAACAAAGCCUGGUAGCAAUAUACCCACUUGGUGGCAAUCGGAGAACGGCAAGGAAGAUGUUUCUAUACAAUUGGAUUUGGAAGCUGAAUUCCAUUUUACGCAUUUAAUUAUGUCAUUCACCACUUUCCGUCCGGCCGCUAUGUAUAUUGAACGUUCGUUCGAUUUUGGUCAGACAUGGCAUGUAUAUCGUUAUUUUGCCUACGAUUGUGCCGACUCUUUCCCCGGUGUACCCACUGUAUUGCGCAAUAUCACUGAUGUUGUAUGUACCUCUCGUUAUUCGAACGUAGAGCCCUCACGUAACGGUGAAGUCAUCUUCCGUGUCCUACCUCCUAAUAUCAAUGUCACAGAUCCAUAUGCUGCUCAUGUACAAAACAUGUUAAAGGUAACAAAUCUACGUGUUGUUUUUAAAAAACUCCACAAAUUGGGAGACAAUUUGCUCGACAAUCGUUUGGAAAAUGAAGAAAAGUAUUAUUAUGGUAUCAACAACAUGGUUGUACGUGGUUCCUGUUCCUGCUAUGGUCACGCUUCCCAAUGUUUGCCUCUGGAUGGCACCGAAGCUACCGAACCCGAUAUGGUACAUGGUCGUUGUCAAUGUACCCACAACACCAAAGGUUUCAAUUGCGAAUCAUGUGAAGAUUUCUUCAAUGACUUCCCCUGGAAACCCGCCUUUGGUAAACAAACCAAUGCCUGUAAAAAGUGUGAAUGUAAUGAUCAUGCAGUCAGUUGUCAUUUCGAUGAAACCGUUUUCGAGCAAUCGGGUCGUGUUUCUGGAGGUGUUUGUGACAAUUGUAUGCAUAAUACUCAGGGUCAGCACUGUGAAGAGUGUAUGCCAUUCUUCUACCGCGAUCCCUUGGAGGACAUUCGCAGCCCGUAUGUCUGCAAACCUUGCGAUUGUAGCUUGAUUGGUUCUUUAGAUGAAGGCAUUUGUGACUCUGUAAAUGAUCCCGAAAAUGGUGCUGAAGCCGGUUCAUGUCAUUGUAAAACUCAUGUUAAGGGUCGCCGUUGUGAUACCUGUAAAGAUGGUUUCUGGAAUUUGGUAGAAGAAAAUCCUGAUGGUUGUGAACCCUGUACUUGCAACACUUUAGGUACUGUGGAUAAUUCUGGAUGUAAUAUGUAUACAGGCGAGUGUACCUGCAAACGUUUGGUUACCGGUAAAGAUUGUAAUCAAUGUGCUCCCGAAACCUAUGGGCUUUCAGAAUCUGAAGAUGGUUGCACACGUUGUGAUUGUGAUAUUGGUGGAUCCUAUGAUAACUUCUGCGAUGUUAUUACCGGUCAAUGUCGUUGCCGCCCUCAUAUGACGGGACGCACCUGUUCCCAACCUAAACAGAACUAUUUCAUACAUCAAUUGGUUUUAGUUCAUGAGGCUGAAGUAGCCAAACAUUGCAUUUCUUACUCCAAUAAUGGCAAUUGCACAAUGGUACCUUAUCAGCCACCUCAGGAUCGUAUUCCUGACUCAACAGGCAUUGGUUUCAUACGUGUUCCAGAAAAUUCCGAACUUAUUAUAACUGUUGAUGAUAUACCACGCUCCAUGCCUUAUGAUGUAGUCAUUCGUUAUCAAUCCACUUCCAGAGGAGAUUGGGAAGAUGCCUUUAUCACUUUAAUUCGACCUGAUGAAGUAGAUCCCGAAGGAGAUUGUGCUGCAGCAGUGCCACCUGGUUCUAGUGUGUAUGAAUCUCGCGUGCCUUUCUACUUACCCGAUCGUGAACGUCAAGUUAUUGCUUUGCGUGAAGUUUGCUUGGAGGCCGGCAAGAUUUACAAAUUCAAAAUUCACUUCGAAAGACGCAGACACAACGAAGACAAUCCUACUGCCACCAUAAUGAUCGAUUCUCUGACAUUGAUACCACGCAUUGAGCUUACUAGCGUGUUCAGUGGUACUCCUGUUGCCGAUUCGCGUCGCCAAGAAUACUAUCAAAUGGGUUGUAAUCAAUCUUUGUACGAUUUACGUUACGGAGCCUUUGCUGAUGAACGCUGUCGCGAAUUGGAGAAUUAUGUUAGUACCAUUAUAUACGACGGUGCCAGUAUGUGUAAUUGUAAUCCCACUGGAUCGCUGAGUAAAGAAUGUGAAUCUAAAGGUGGUUAUUGUCACUGUAAACCCAAUGUUAUUGGUCGCCAGUGUGAUCAAUGUGCACCCGGUACAUAUGGUUUUGGACCAGAAGGUUGUAAAGCUUGUGACUGCAACAGUAUAGGAGCUAAGGACAACAAUUGUGAUGUUAUUACUGGUCAGUGUGGUUGUCAUCCCAACACCUAUGGUCGUGAAUGUGAUCAAUGUCAACCAGGUUUUUGGAAUUUCCCUAAUUGUCAAGCCUGUGAAUGUAAUGGUCAUGCCCAACAGUGUGAUGCUCGUACUGGCCAAUGUUUGAAUUGUGCUGAUUUCACUACUGGUUAUGCUUGUGACUCCUGUUUGGAUGGAUAUUAUGGCAAUCCCUUCUUGGGUAGUGAAAUAGGUUGUCGUGCAUGUCGCUGUCCGGAUACUAUUGCCAGUGGCAAUGCUCAUGCUGAUGGCUGCUCUCUAGAUUCUCGCAACAACAAUAUGAUUUGUCACUGUCAAGAAGGUUACGAUGGACCUCGUUGUGAUAUUUGUGCCGAUAACUACUUUGGUGAUGCCGAAACUCCUGGUGGCUCCUGUGAAAAAUGUGACUGUGGUAACAAUAUUGACAUAUACGACACUGGUAAUUGCGACAGACGUACUGGCCAGUGUUUGAAAUGUUUGUACGACACCACCGGAGAUCAUUGUGAACAUUGUCGUGACGGCUUCUUUGGAGAUGCUUUACAACAAAAUUGUGUUCAAUGUGAUUGUGAUUUCUUAGGUACUAACAACACCCUACAAUAUUGUAAUCGUGUUACCGGUCAAUGCCCUUGUUUGCCCAAUGUUGUUGGUUUGCGUUGCGAUGAAUGUGCCGUCAACCAUUGGAAAAUUGCUUCUGGUGAGGGUUGUGAAGCUUGCGAAUGUGACCCUAUUGGUUCCUUAUCCGAACAGUGCAACCGUUAUGAUGGUCAGUGCGAAUGUAAGCAAGGAUUUGGCGGUCGGGCUUGUAAUCAAUGUCAGGCCAACUACUGGGGUAAUCCCAAUGAAAAAUGUCAACCAUGUGAUUGCGACCCUUAUGGUUCUGCAGACUUCCAAUGCGAUCGUGAAACCGGACAAUGUGUAUGUCACGAAGGAAUUGGUGGCUACAAAUGUAAUCAGUGCGCUCGUGGUUAUAUUGGUGAAUCGCCUCAUUGCAUGCCAUGCGGAGAAUGUUUCAACAAUUGGGACUUGAUCCUAAAAGAACUAGAAGAGGCUACCGCUGAAGCUAUACAAAGAGCCAAGGAAAUCAAAUUGAUUGGAGCUACAGGAGCUUACACCUCUGAAUUUAAUACUUUGGACAAAAAGUUGCAAAACAUAAGAGAUUUAUUGCAGAACACUUCGGUAAGCUUGAAGGAUAUUGAUGGUUUAGAUAAGGAAGUUGCUGAAUUAAGAACCAAAUUGAACAAAGCUGGACAAAAACUUAUUGAAACAGAGGGUAGUUUGGAAGACAUUUACUCUGCUCUUAGUUUGUCUGCUGUGGAAUUGGAAGGUUUGCAAAGCCAAUCAAAUUUGGUGAAAAAACUAUCACAAGACUUAAAGGAACAUGGCAUACAAUUGCAAGAGUCUAAUAUUGAGGGCGCUCUUAACUUGACCCGUAAUGCCUAUGAACGUGUUUUGGAUUUAGCGAAUAUCAAGAAUGAAGCAGAAGAUUUUGCCAGCAACACUGACCGUAAUUGCAAACGUGUGGAAACUUUGGCGAACAAAAUGAAAGAUGAUGCUUCGGCAAUUACCGCCAAUGAUGAAAUUAUCGAACAAUAUAACAAGGAAUUGUCUUCUUUAACCGCCUUGAUUCCUAAUUUAAACAAUGAAGUUUGUGGCAGCAAGAGUGAUCCUUGUGACAAUGUUUGUGGUGGUGCUGGUUGCGGCUCAUGCGGUGGCCUAUCUUGUGAAAUUGGUGCACUUACACGCACAGAAAAGGCUUUGAAGGUGGCCAAGGACACUGAGCAAGAGAUUAAAGAGAAGAAGGAUCAAGCCGAUCAAACUAUUCGUGCCUUAUUCCAGGCUAAAGUAAAUGCGUCAGAAGCUUAUCAAAAAGCCAAGAGUGCCCAUGAAGAUGCUGAACGUUAUUUGAAUCGUACUGAACUCAAUAUCAAACGUGGUGAAGCCAUGAUACAAAACUUGACAGAUUUUAUGAAAAAUCAAACUGCCCUGCCAGCCGAUACUAAAGAAUUAGCCCAGAAAACUUUGACACUAGAUUUAACUUUAGAUCCCUUUGAAAUUCAAAACCUGGGAGGUAAAAUCAACAAUGCUGUAUCUUCUCUCAAAAAUGUAGAAUCUAUUAUUUAUAACACUCGAAGCGAUUUGGAACGUGUCAAUGAAUUACAAGCUAAAGCUAAUGCUACCAAAGAGCUGGCCAACGAAAUAUUAACCACUGCCAAUACUGUAGUCAAGAAUCUUGAUGAUGCUGAUAUCUCACAAGAAAUUGCUCUCGAUGCUAUUUUGCAAGCGAACAGUAACAUUGAAUUAGCCGCCAAAGAUUUAGAUCAAAUUGAUGCUGAAACGAGUGAAGCGGAAGCACCUGCUAAUGCUACUGCUCAACAUGUGGAGGAAUUGGCUAAAAAAGUUAAUCGCCUACAAAAGAAUAUACUCAAAAAUGAACUUGAUGCCAAGGAUGUCAAAAAUGAGGCUGACAAAGUUAAAGAAUCGGCUAGAAAUGCCCAUGCUGAUGCUCAACAACUACAACACUCCUCCUCAGCUGCCAACCAGACUUUAACCGAUCGUGCCAUACGUUCAGAAAAUGCUCGCGAAAGAGCAAAACAACUGUUGCAGAGAGCCUCCAAACUAACAGUCGACACUAAAGAGAAACUAAGAGAACUAAAACUUAUGCAAGAAUCCUAUAGAGAAAAGAACGAUAAACUACAAAAACUACAAGAUACUUUACAACCAUUACACGCUGAACUCUCAACACAUUUGAAAAACAUACAAACGAAUGCUGAGCGUUAUCGACAGUGUUAGAAAAUAUUGAAAUUUUUUAAAUUAUAACGAGUUAAAGCGUUUAACCAACGAUAUACUUAAAGACUUUUUGAUUACUCUUCUGCUUACUCGUUUGAAUAUUUCCUGUAUUUAUCAUUACAUCUCUUAAUACAAACACAAAAUGCCAUAACGAAGAAACAAAUAAACAAAUGCAUAUGUCCCUUUUUUUGUCCUCUUUUAAGUAAAAUAAUUACAACAACUGUUUGAAAAACCAAUGUUAUUAGAAAUAGUUUUCUAUUUAAGACGACCAUAGUUUAAUUUUAAUUUUCUUUUAAAUGCAAUAUUAUAUUAUUUUUAUACAAAAUACAAUAAAAAUAAAAUAAAUAUUUUUUUUUUGUUUCGGAUAACAAACAAGUCCUAAUUACUAUGUGCCUUUUAUAAUUAAAAAUAUAGCAAUGUUUAACAACUCGAAUACGAAAUUAAAAUGCUUUUGUCAUUUCUUUUUUUUAAGUAUAAUUCAUUACUUUUUUAUAUAUAUUUGAUGUUUAAAGAUUAAAAAUAAAAUUUAAAAAA